CCCAGGCCCAGGCCCAGGCCCAGCGCCGCGACCAUGGCGGCCCGCUUCCACCGCGUCCACGGCGCCAACGUGCGCCUCGAGGCCUGGGGCACGCGGGCCACGCGGGUGCAGAGCUUCGCCAACGGGCUGUGCUUCAGCCGGGAGCCCCUGGCGCCCGGGCAGAUCUUCCUGGUGGAGAUCGAGGAGAAGGAGCUGGGCUGGUGCGGCCACCUGCGCGUGGGGCUGACGGCCCACGACCCGCAGCGCCUGCCUGCCGUGCCCGAGUACUCGCUGCCCGACCUGGUGGGCCUGGGGGACAGCUGGGUGUUCGCCAUCACCAGGAACCACAACCGCGUGGCGCCGGAGGGCGAGGAGGCGGGCGCGCUGGCCCGGGGCCCCGGCUUCCUCUGCGAGCCCUACCUGCUCAUCGAGCACGUCCGCAUCCCCCGGGACAAGCUGGUGGGCCGGAGCAGGCCCGGGCGCUACAGCCACCUCCUGGACGAGCUGUACAGGACGAACGUGCUGCCCCCCACCGCGCGGCGGAGCCGCAUCGGGGUGCUCCACGUGCCCCGGCCCGACGGCACGGCCGACAUGCACAUCGUCAUCAACGGAGAGGACAUGGGGGCCAGCGCCAGGGGCCUCCCCACCGCCCGCCCGCUCUACGCCGUGGUGGACGUUUUUGCUUCCACCAAAAGCGUCCGUGUGAUCCAGGUGGAUUAUGGCUUCCCCUCCUUGCAGACCCUCUGCCGACAGGUGAUCCAGAAGCAUGUCAUCCACCGACUGGCCAUCGACGGCUUGGACCUGCCCCUUGUCCUGAAGAACUUCUGCAAAUACGAGUGACGGGGCGGCGGGAGCACCCUCAGCAGGCAGCUGCCAUGUUCUCAGCCCCUGCAAGCGAUCAAAAAGGGUCUUCCAGGACAGCUCUUCCACCCUCCAAGCACAGGGCCCCAGGAGCAGAGCCGGUUCCCUACUGCUCUGCUUCUGGCUGGAGCCUCAGCAGGCUCUGCUUCCUGACGCGCAAAGUGCUGUCUGCUGCAGCAAGAGACAGUACAAGGGCUGCAUAGCCAGUCUGGGCCAGAGCAGCACUAGCAGGGAGCUCCUUGCAUGUGAAGGGCAGGCUGGGGCUGCUCCACUUACAGCAGCACAAGAGCAAUAAAGUGCUUCCAAACUGC